CCUACCUUGGCUCUUUUCGUCGCUCACGAACCACUCUCUCUAACAUGCGCCUCCUUCUCUUUUUUUUCUAGGUUAGGGAGAAUUCGAAUUUGGGAGAUGGCAGUGGGUGAAUGAAGGAAGAGAGACACAAAGGGAGAACAAAAAAGUCUGCCUUUUCUUUUUGGAUGGGCGUUGCAGGUGUUGAAGCAUAUGUCGGGAAGACCUAUGUUAUGUUCCUUUGUAACACAUCCUCAAAGCUUAUCAUCUUCAGAGAACCAAGGUGUAGCACGAUAACUCACCCGCUGUAAUGGCUUUCAUCUCGGGUGUCAACAUGAACUUCUCUCGCUACAUGAACGAUGAAUAUGAAAAACUCUUCAGAAGAAUGAAUCCGCCCAGAGUUGUAAUUGAUAAUGAAUCAUGCGAGAAUGCCACUGUUAUACGGGUUGAUAGUGCAAACAAGCAUGGAAUACUUCUUGAAGUUGUACAAAUUCUCACUGAUCUAAACCUCACAAUAACAAAAGCUUAUAUAUCCUCAGAUGGAGGAUGGUUCAUGGAUGUUUUUAAUGUCACUGACCAUGAUGGAAAGAAGGUUACAGAUGAAGCUAUUCUGGAGUACAUUCGAAAGUCUCUUGGCCCGGAGUCUUGCUUUAUGUCUUCCAUGAGAUCUGUUGGGGUCACACAAACUAUGGAGCACACUGCAGUAGAGCUAUUGGGAAGUGAUAGGCCGGGGCUGCUUUCAGAAGUGAGUGCUGUGCUAACCAAUCUCAAGUGUAACAUAGUGAAUGCAGAGGUGUGGACUCACAAUACCCGUGCAGCAGCUGUGAUGCACGUAACUGAUGAAGAAACAGGUUCUGCUAUCACUGAUCCUCAGAGGCUCUCUCUAAUUAAGGAGCUUUUAUGCAAUGUGUUGGGUGGUGGCAACAAAAUCAGGGGAUCUAGCAGCGUAGUCACUAAAGAAGUUAACCAUACUGAGAGAAGGCUUCACCAGAUGAUGUUUGCUGAUAGGGAUUAUGAACGAGUUGAUGAGGAGGAGGAGGAUGUUGAGGAGAAAAGUAGACCAAAAGUGACUGUAGUGAAUUGGUCUGAUAACGAUUACUCUGUAGUUACUAUCCAAUGUAAGGACAGGGCAAAACUUCUCUUUGACAUAGUUUUCACUUUGACAGACAUGCAAUAUGUGGUUUUCCAUGCAAGUAUUGAUUCUAAAGGGCCAGAUGCUUAUCAGGAAUAUUACAUCAAGCACAUAGACGGAUCCCCUGUAAAAUCAGAUGCAGAGAGACAAAGAGUGAUACAAUGUCUUGAAGCUGCUAUUAAAAGAAGAGUAUCAGAGGGUUUGAAGCUAGAACUAUGCGCAACAGACAGAGUUGGACUGUUAUCUGAUGUCACACGUAUCAUCCGAGAGAACAGCCUCACAGUUACAAGGGCAGAGGUGACAACCAAAGGAGGCAAAGCUGUUAACACCUUCUAUGUUGGAGGGGCUUCAGGUUGCCCAGUUGAGUCCAAAACCAUAGAAUCUAUUCGCCAAGCAAUUGGCAAUACUAUACUCAAAGUAAAGGGAAAACCUGAAGAGUUGAAACCUGCUCCUCAAGAUUCUCCAACUAGAUUCCUUUUUGGUGGUCUUUUCAAAUCCAGAUCCCUUGCUAACUUCGGCAUGGUUAAGUCUUAUUCUUGAGACUGAAUUAAACCUUCUUCCUUUCAUUUUGUACAGGAAAAAAAACGAUGAAGAUGCAAACUUUAGUAGACUUUCCAAAAGUUUCACCUUAGAACAAGUUUGACCUUAGUUUAGCAAGUAAAGCAUAAAAGUUGCCUUGUAAAUACCCCUUCUACGUCAGUUACUUAGCUCUCAUGAAUUGGAACGAUGAAAACGUAGAAAGCUUCAAUUCUGAAACGCCAUUGAAUUAGUUAUUAUAUGUAUAUAGAAUUUCCCAAGUAUGAUUUAGUCUUGGUUUAAACAUAAUUUUAGUUCCUAUAGUUA